CCUUCCCGCCCCUCCGCCGCGCUCUUCUUCCUUCCUUCUCCAGUCCCUUCCACUCUGCGUCUUCUGUCCCCCGUUCUUCCCCAGCGGACCCCUCCUCCGAGACUCCCUAGUGGGGUUCCCAGCUCCCGGGCGCUCCUGCCCUUGCCGAGCGCGUUUUCUGGAGUCACCUGGGGGAGGGGAGUCCUGGGCAGGGCCGGGCUGAGGAAGACGCCUGGGGCACUGCCCGGCGCUAACAAAGGGAGCCGGUACCGACCGGCGUGGGCGCGGAGCGGGCGGCCGCCACCGAGCGGGCUGAGCAAACGCAGCCUCCGCGGCCGAGAGUGCAGCGAGCAAGGGGAGAGCCAGUUGUGCAGAGCCCUGCAGCCAGCAGUCCAGGGAGAAGUGGUGAAUGUCAUGGAGCCCAGCUGAAAUGGACUGGCCCCCUUGAACCUGUCCCAAGCCCUGGUGCCAGGUGUCCAUCCCAGUGCUGAGGCUGAACUGGUGUUGCCUCUCCCUUCCGAGGAAAGGCCUGGCCUCUCUCCCAUUCUGCCCAAGACCACCCUCUGUGAACUUUUACAUUCCUCCAAACUAUUUGGAUGUUUAUUGGUCCGGAUCCAUUCAAGCAGAAGCUACUGAGGAUAAUUUCAGGCAUCUAUAUUUUAAAAAUGCUUCCUAGGUGAUAUUAUGCCCAGAUGAGUUUUGAUCAUCCUGAGAAAAAUGGGCCUUGGCCUCCAGACCCAAUAAAUCUUUCUUCCCAUGGAGAAUAGUGCUGAUUCCUGAGGACCUGAAGGGCCUGCCGCCCGUGGGGGGAUUAGCCAGAAGCAGGCUUGUUUUCCUGCUCAGAACAAAGUGGCUUCUCUGAACACAUCUUCAUUAUGAUUCACACCAACUUGAAGAAAAAGUUCAGCUGCUGCGUCCUGGUCUUUCUUCUGUUUGCAGUCAUCUGUGUGUGGAAGGAAAAGAAGAAAGGGAGUUACUAUGAUUCCUUUAAAUUGCAAACCAAGGAAUUCCAGGUGUUGAAGAGUCUGGGGAAAUUGGCCAUGGGGUCUGAUUCCCAGUCUGUAUCCUCAAGCAGCACCCAGGACCCCCACAGGGGCCGCCAGACCCUCGGCAGUCUCAGAGGCCUAGCCAAGGCCAAACCAGAGGCCUCCUUCCAGGUGUGGAACAAGGACAGCUCUUCCAAAAACCUUAUCCCUAGGCUGCAAAAAAUCUGGAAGAAUUACCUAAGCAUGAACAAGUACAAAGUGUCCUACAAGGGGCCAGGACCAGGCAUCAAGUUCAGUGCAGAGGCCCUGCGCUGCCACCUCCGGGACCAUGUGAAUGUAUCCAUGGUAGAAGCCACAGAUUUUCCCUUCAAUACCUCUGAAUGGGAGGGUUAUCUGCCCAAGGAGAGCAUUAGGACCAAGGCUGGGCCUUGGGGCAGGUGUGCUGUUGUGUCGUCAGCGGGAUCUCUGAAGUCCUCCCAACUAGGCAGAGAAAUCGAUGAUCAUGACGCAGUCCUGAGGUUUAAUGGGGCACCCACAGCCAACUUCCAACAAGAUGUGGGCACAAAAACUACCAUUCGCCUGAUGAACUCUCAGUUGGUUACCACAGAGAAGCGCUUCCUUAAAGACAGUUUGUACAAUGAAGGAAUCCUAAUUGUAUGGGACCCAUCUGUAUACCAUUCAGAUAUCCCAAAGUGGUACCAGAAUCCAGAUUAUAAUUUCUUUAAUAACUACAAGAGUUAUCGUAAGCUGCACCCCAAUCAGCCCUUUUACAUCCUCAAGCCCCAGAUGCCUUGGGAGCUAUGGGACAUUCUUCAAGAAAUCUCCCCAGAAGAGAUUCAGCCAAACCCCCCAUCCUCUGGGAUGCUUGGUAUCAUCAUCAUGAUGACGCUGUGUGACCAGGUGGACAUUUAUGAGUUCCUCCCAUCCAAGCGCAAGACUGACGUGUGCUACUACUACCAGAAGUUCUUUGAUAGUGCCUGCACGAUGGGUGCCUACCACCCGCUGCUCUAUGAGAAGAAUUUGGUGAAGCAUCUCAACCAGGGCACAGAUGAGGACAUCUACCUGCUUGGAAAAGCCACACUGCCUGGCUUCCGGACCAUUCACUGCUAAGCACAGGCUCCCCACUCUUCUCCAUCAGGCAUUAAAUGAAUGGUCUCUUGGCCACCCCAGCCUGGGAAGAACAUUUUCCUGAACAAUUCCAGCCUGCUCCUUUUACUCUAGGGGCCUCUGUCAGCAAGAGCACGGGCGCUUCAAGAGCCUGUGGUCAGGAAAUCAGGUCCAGCCUUCCCCGUAGCCAGACAGUUUGUGAGCCCAGAGCCUCCCGCCACACACAUGCACACAUAUCUAGCAUUCUUUCCAGGCAGGAUCCUCCCCACCUUCCACCUUGGUAGAUGCAAGAUCUACCUCUCCCAUCAAGGCUGCCAAAGCUGGGCUUUGUUUUUCCCAACAGAAUGAUGCCAUUCUCACAAACCAAUGCUCUAUAUUGCUUGAAGUCUGCAUCUAAAUAUUGGUUUCAUGUUUUAAAGAAAUUCUCCCAAAUUACAAUUGUGCCCAAUGCAGGGUGGCUCUGGGGGGCAAGUAGGUGGUACAGGGGAUUGGAAACAUGCUCUGCGCCUCCAGAAAAAAGUUGCUUCUGAGGUCCAUGCCCCUGGAACAUGUUCCUAUCACUCUGUCUGGUUGGGCUGGUCCUUAGACUGGGUGCUUAUGAUUAAAGGGUCUUGGUUAGCCCACCUUCCCUCUCCAUGUGGAGAUGGAAGGUAGAGAAGGAUACAGUGUCUAUCCUCAGGUUGCUACGGUUCAGUGAGAGAGGCAGACAUCUGAACAGGCAGGUAAGAUUCAGUGUGCUCAGUGCACUGGGGAUUUGGAGAGAGAUGGGCUUGCUCUCUCUGUGCACCCAGGAGGGCCACGCACUUAAACUGUGUUUGUGAAUCAGAGAAGGCUUUGUAGCACGGGGCGUUCAGAUGAGUCUUAGAGGAAGAGAAGAAACAUGGCAAGCAGAUUACAUCUGAGCCGUUCGAAUUGUGUUUUUCUUUCUUCCCAUGUUUAUUUUCUAAGAUCUACCUGAACUUAGAGACUGAAGAUAAUUUUUUAGGAAACCUUCUGCCCAUGUCUGAAGUAGCAAGUGAAGCCUCACGACAGAUACCAGGCAAUCCAGAGCCGCAAAACCUGAUUUCUCCAGGCUCUGCCUGGCUUGACCCAAUGCUGUCAGCUGGGUUUGCAUACCACAGUCCCAUUCUUCCUUUUCAAUACCUACCCCCCAAAUUUUCUCCUAACCACCAUCUGUUUUUUGUUUUUUGUUUUUUUUUUAAGCAUUUUUUGCUUUAAAAGCAUCCUGACCCCAAUUUCUUUGAGCUCACGGGCCUUUUGCCGAAGGUCUCUCAGGGUGUAGUGGUGUGGCUCUCUGGACUUACGUCACUCUCAGAGGUCAGAACCUUGGAGAUCAGACCUGAUUGUCACCAGGUGUGAGAGGUGUGACAGCAGAUUGCAAUGCUCUGCACCUCUUCCUUGCAAGUGAGCAACAUCAGGGUCUCUGGGCAGAGGCUGUCCCACUGUAGUUUGCAGACAUGCUCUCCAGAUGGUUUUAUUAAGUCCCCUCUCCCUGAUAGGGAAUCCUGCUGGACCAGUGCAGCCCCGGUGUGGAGAGGUUAAAAGACUUGCACAAGAUCACCAAGUCAUGCUGUAGAGCCAGGGUUCCUAGACCCAGGGCUCUGCACUCUCAAGGCUGGCCCCAUGUGCUCAAGGUGAUCUAAUGUCUGGGUUCCAAACCAACCAUCUCGGAGCCGGGAUCCUCAUUUACUGCCAAACCCUCAGAUUAUGUAGCUAGAAAGGGCCCUGGAGUGAGAAGGCCUGGAUUUUCAAAUUGAUGCUCCCCUACUGACUAGCUGUGCCACUCUGGGCAAAUGCUCUUCCUUGAGCCUCUGUUUCCACACCUGUAAAGUGGGGAUGAUGAUCCUAUCUCACUGCUUUUGUGAGGAUUACAGGAAAGCACCCGUCCUGGCACGUAGUAGGUGCUCAGUUCAUGCUGGUUUCCUUCCUGCCUUCAGUAGGGACCUGCUCUGUGCUCACACCUCGGCUGCAUGCACCCUGCUGUGACGGAGGCUAGUGCGGAAGAGGUCCUGUCCUCAGGGAAUUAACUGUCUUAUUGGGAGACAACAACUAUCCUCCUUGGAACACCCAGGAAACCAUGCAAAGCAGUGGACAACACAGAACAUGCCCUCCUCCUCGCUGCCUGCAGCUCCAGUCUGAUUCUGCUUGGGAACGGGCGGAGCACGUGGGCUGCUUAACUGCUGUAUAGGACAAGCCCCUUACCCCUCUCUGGGCCCAUGAAUUCCUGGCUUGGUUUAUGUUCUGAUUUGACACACUGAUUUUAAUCUUCGAAUCAUGAACUGAGUGCAGAGGAGGUGGCAUUCUGACAGCAGGACAUACGUGUUGGUGUGGAGACUGGGACGACACUGGGUAGAAUCUAGUUUUUAAUUAUUAUUAAUAUAAAGGAUCAAAUUAAUUUAAAUAUGAUUCUGAAGUCUACAGAGCUUUUAGUUCUGUGCUGUCUAUAUGUGGACACCGGUAAAAUGCAAAUUAUGAUAUGGACGUUAUUGUUGGUCUGGUGAGAUGUUUCAUAUUUGUGACAGUUAAUUUAAAAAUUAUGACUUAAUGCUGCCUCUGUCUGUGGGGUUCUGUCUUCUUUGAUAGCCAUCUAUUCAUCUGGAUCAUGGGACCCUCUCUCAUCCUUCCACCAAUUAAAUAAGCUAUUGCUGUUGGUUUGGAGUUGAGAUAUCAGUCUCGGAAACUUCUGAAAAAUGCCUAAGCUAAUAAUUACCCAAGGAUUAUGUCAAAUUUUAAAAUAAAUAUGUGUGUGUUUCUUUAA